AUGGAGUAUCAUCCACUGCCGCUGCUACCGCCAUCGCCGCCAGACACACUUAUCGACUCGCCAGUCGAAAAGCAAACCCCUAGCACAACCACUGUCAACUUCAGUAGGGGCGAGAUCAAAGAAAACUCACCGCAGCUACAAGAGCACGUAGGUGUGCCGAAUUUGAUUUACAUCGAUGGCGACGCUCCACCUCCGCGACUGCCUCCUGCCGUCCAUCAUCCAAUACACCUUCAAUCCGCAAUACUUGGGCACGAGCGACCACAGUCAAAGUCAUACAGGCGAACCGUUACCUUCGCAGACGACACGACCAUUUCCUCCAGGAGUUCGUCGCCAGAUUACCACGCCCAAACCCACGAGCGAGCCCUGCGCCAGAGUAAAAGUUUCACGUCCGACGCUCAAAUCCCAUCAUCGCUUCGUCUAUACUGCUCGCACGACAGUCUACUAAUCGCGAACAACAACCCAUAUGUCAGCGAAAACAGCACUUUGGCCAGCAGACGCACUACCCCCAAAGACUUCAAGCACAAGUAUACCUUCGGCCAACGCCCCGCUGCACUCAUGACCCCCUCUUCCAGCCUCGGUCGCUCAACAAAUCAACAUUACAACCCGCGCCUCAGCACCUCCAAAGCGCAAUACCGGGGUCUCGCCACCCUGCUCCGGCCGCUCCCCUCCUCACUUCGCGUCGCAGAACCACAACCAGGCCCGCGGCGACCGCCAUGGGGAUCCCUGGAGGAUCUCGAGGAGCGGCGAGGCAAGCGCGUAGAUAGGCGUGAGCGCGACCAAGCGAAGCAGUUCCGCGCGCAGACGCUGAGUGAGACGACGACGGUGCUGGACUCAACGGAAAGCUUUGGGAAGCAGGCGAUGAAGAUGGAGGUCGAGGGGUAUAGGAAACAGGUGGUGAGUGUGUAUCCGGAUAUGGCGUUUGAUGGGAAUGCGGGGAAGGGGGGACGGAGGAGUUGUUGUUGCGUCGUUAUGUGA